GAUUGAAGCAUCGUCCACCGAGACCCACGGAACUUCAGACACAAUGACAGUAAAUGCCGGGAUUACGUUUUUCGGUGCUAAUCUUGGUCUCCUCCGCGCAUUCGGUAGAAUCAUCGCACGCAUCAACAGCGUCAACGAACACGCUAUAUAUCCCCAAGGACAAGGAAGGACACGUGGUGUUCUUCGCCUACUAAGAGGAGCACUGUGGCAUUUCGGCUGCGAUACGCAAAGCAAACCUCCAGGAUGAUAAAGGACUUCGACUGCAAUCCUGAUUACAACCUCCUGAUUAGCCACGACGCCAAUGUGGAUAGCAUAAAGGGGAUGCAGUACAACUGGGACGGGAUCCAUCCAGGUGAUUUCUAUAACUACGUAGACGCUUGCAUCCGACUCCCUAUGACAACAGUCAACGGCCAUGCCAAGGGCCACUACCAAGUAUGCGACAGUGACAACACGGAUAACGCUUGCAAGGAGUGUCUGGGUUGCGACGAAGAGGAUGCUUAG